AUGGCGUCGACACAGACUAAGGCAGAUCUCUCAAACUGGCGGGAAGCCCCGUACAAUCAAUGGGCAUUCGUUAAUGUUGAUCAAGUCGUCGGCACCCACGAGAUCAAGAGAGGACCAUCAGUCCACCAGCUGGAGACUAGUGAGCGGCAACUCGACGAGUUCAGCAUCCAAUUGAAGGACAAAGCCCUGGAUCUCCCGAAGUUCAUCUCCGCGUCCGACACGGACGGCCUCAUCGUCCUGCAACAUGGCAAGAUCGUGCACGAACAAUACGUACGAGAGAAUGACCAGAAGUCCAAACAUAUCAUGAUGUCCAUGACCAAGUCGGUCACUGGUCUGCUUGUGGGCAUUCUCCAGAGCCAAGGCAAGCUCAAGGAGACCGAUUUGGUCGCGAAGUAUGUGCCGGAAGUUUCGGGCUCCUUUUACAAGGACGUCACUAUCCGACAGUGUAUCGACAUGCGCUCUGGUGCUGUUUACCCCGAUGGACAACAUGAAUAUCGAUGCGCUGCUGGAUGGAACCCUGAGAAUGGAAGUGAAAAGUAUACAACUCUCCACGGCCUCAUCACUCACUUUGAGCCAGAGUUAGCUAAAGACGAUCGCUUCGAGUACGUUAGCGUGAACACAGACUUGAUGGGCUGGGUCAUUGAACGAGCGACGGGGAAGACGUUCGCAGAGGUCAUCUCAGAACUGCUUUGGCAGCCUCUGGGAGCGGAAAGCGAUGCAUUAAUCACAGUCGACAAAGAAGGCAGCGCUCGUGCCGCAGGAGGGAUGUGCGCCACACUCCGGGACAUCGCCCGCAUCGGCCAGCUCAUCGUCGAAGGCGGCAAGGGCAUCAUCCCCUCAGCCUGGCUAGACGACAUCGUCAACGGCGGCAGCAAAGAAGCCUUCGCGCAAGGCGCCUGGGCAGCAGGCUUCGCCGAGGAUUUCUCAGGGCUCGCGUAUAGAUCUCACUGGCUUUCUGAUGCGCCGACUGAUGUCACGAUGGCGUUGGGGAUCCACGGACAGAUGUUGUUUGCGGAUCGCAAGAAUGGGAUUGUGGUGGCGAAGACGGGGUCGCAGCCGGAUGCGAUUGAUUUUGGGAAGAUCAAGAUGACGGUGUUGGCUUUUAAAGAGAUUGAGAGGAUUUUGUUGUCGUAG